CCGGCCACGUCCAUCUUUCUUUUUACGCCCUCCAAAAAUAUUUUAUCCAUUCACUUACUUUCUAACACACUCCCAAUUUUCAAGUCAACCAAAUGGCUACCCCCGCAGAAGCUCAGACAGCUCCCUUCGGCACUUGGGACAGUCCCAUCACAGCCGCAACCCUGACGUCCAAAGGCAUCAGUUUCUCCGGCAUCGCGGCCACGGCGGAUGGUACCAUCUACGUGAAUGAAGGCCGCCCUGCCGAAGAAGGUCGCAAUUGUAUCGUCGAAUGGCGCAACAACCAGCCCCGUGACGUUUUACCAGCUGCCUACAGUGCCCGCACAGCCGUCCACGGCUACGGCGGCGCGGCGUUCAACAUCACGUCAGACGGAAAGGUGAUCUUCGCAGACUGGAAAACUCACGGUGUGUAUAUCCUUGAUCCUGCCACUUGUGAUGUAACAGCAGCCGUCGAGCCAGACGAAAAGAUCUGGUACGCUGCGUUCAAUUCCCACCCCAAGAGACCAGAAUUGGUGUUUGCUAUCAGGGAGGAUCACCACGGCAAGGAGGUGGUCAAUGAGCUUGUUGUAAUCAAUACCGGGAAUAAGAAGGUGGAGGUUGCAGCGACGGGAGCGGACUUUUACUCGCAUCCCACGUUCAGCCCUGCUGGUGAUAGAGUGUCUUGGAUCCAGUGGAACCAUCCCGAGAUGCCGUGGACGGGAACUGAGUUGUUUUCCGCGCCGUGGAAGGAUGAGAAGGUUGGAACCCCUGUGAAAUUGGCAGGGAAUGGCGAUGAAGAAAGUAUCUUGCAACCGAGAUGGGGACCAGACGGAACCUUGUUCUUUGUGUCGGAUCGCACUGGAUAUUGGCAGUUUUAUCGCUGGAGCCCGGAAGGAAGUGAUGAGCCCCGUGCUAUCGUUAUUGAAGGCCUGGAGAAGGGCGAGUUCGCUCACCCAGAAUGGCUCCUGGGAUCUUGCACAUAUGUUCUUCCAAACGCCAACACAAUUGUUGCAGCCUGGACGCAGAACGCAACGGAGCGUCUCGUCAUCAUUGACCUCGAGAAAAACACCUAUACCUUCCCCGCCCACAUCGCAUCGCUCACUGGCAUCCAACACAGCGCCGUGGCCCUGACAUCUCCCACCAGCAUUGCCGUCAUUGCCAGCACUCCCACUGCUCCCAGCACUGUCUACCACAUCUCUCUCACCAACAACGAUGCCUCCGCGCCAACCGUCCUCCGCUCCUCCACCUCAGUCACCAUCUCCGACAGUUACUUUUCUCGUGCCCAACACAUCUCAUUCCCGCGCACCAUCUCCACCCACCCUAAUACUCUCUCCCACGCAUUUUUCCUCCCUCCUACGAAUCCUAAGUACAGCAGUGCCCCAGGCGAGCUUCCCCCGCUCAUCAUUACCAUUCACGGCGGGCCCACCAUCCACACCGACCCCGGCCUUAGCAUGAUGUGGCAGUACUACACCACACGAGGAUAUGCCGUUGCCCUGCUCAACUACGCCGGCUCCUCUGGCUAUGGACGCGCCUACCGCAAGCUUCUUAAUGGAAGUUGGGGUGUGCUCGACGUGCACGACGCCGCAGACUGUGCCCGCUACCUGAUCUCCGAAGGCAAGGUGCACCCGUCCCGCAUUGGCAUUACUGGCGUUAGUUCCGGUGGAUAUGCCACUCUCCAGGCGAUCUGCAUGUUCCCGACUCUCUUCACCGGUGCGGUCAGCGUCUCUGGCAUUAGUGACGUCGAAGCUCUCGUGGCCGAAACACACAAGUUCGAGAGUCACUAUGCCUUCCGCCUACUAUUCGAUGAUAAGGUGCCCGAGACUGAAGAAGAGAAGCGGAAGGUGUAUCGCGAGCGGAGCCCCAGGUUCCAUGCAGACAAAAUCAAGGCCAAGCUGCUGUUGUUGCAGGGCACGGACGAUGAGAUUGUGCCGUUGAACCAAGCGCAGGCGAUGGCUGAUGAUGUCCAGCGCAGCGGCGGGGUGGCCAAGUUGGUGAUCUUUGAGGGCGAGGGACAUGGGUACCCGCGGAAGGCGGAGAAUGGCUUGCAGGCUAAGGAGGUGGAAGAGGGCUGGUGGAAGGAGAACUUGGCCGAGGUCAAGGGGGAACGAGUGUGAUAUCAUGACUUGAUGCAACAGAGUAUCAAGCACAGGGGACCAUCCAGUGAAAGAGAUGUAAGCUAGGCACAUCUACGUUCUAGAAUAUAGAGUGUCGUGAUCUCAUCCAUCACUACAACCAAACACUCGUGCACAGAUACUGAAGUUCUUCGUGACCCCCAAGCUCGUGAGACAGGCCAGUAAACCCAACAAACUAGUCACCGAACACUCCUAGAGAUCAAUCAAUCAUUAUGCCUCGCCCACUAACCCGAUAGAACAAAGCUACCGUAGAUGGUCGGUUUUCAAUAUACUCCACACCUAUUCGUCCAUAAACACACCAGGGACUAACCCCCUAGAAUAUACAAAUUUGAC